AUAUGGCAUCCGCACAUACUGCAAUGAUACAUGUUAUCAGGGGUGACGGUGCAGCGAUAAAAUGUAUAGUGUGGAGCGGUCACGGUAUAUGUCGGUGAUAUCAUGUAUGGUGCGGAGGGGUGGCGGUAUCUGUUGGUGAUAUUCCCGGAAGUGCCGUGUCCUGCGUGCCCGGGAGGGGGCGGUGCAGAAUCUGGCUCCUCCCCCGAGAUGUAGACGGAUGUCGGGUGUGCAGGCCGGCGGCAGAUUCCUCAUGGACAGUGGCAUGACAGGCUUCUUUGGAUUUCUGUCUGGUGACCGAUGACUCCACACCAUCCGACACCCUGAAUCUGCACCAGUUUGCUCCUCCCCAGCAUGUCGGAGGGCUGGUCUCAUGCACAAGUCCCUCCUCCUUCCAUGCAGCCCACCCAACAACAAGCUCCACAGCAGCCCAUCACACUUGGGGAGCAUGCCAUCCCCCCACCCGGCUCGGCUGAGAACCCUCUGGGCUGUGCCGUCUAUGGCAUCCUGCUGCAGCCUGACCUGGGGGUUCAGCACCCACCAUUACCCCACGGCGAGCCCAAAUGUGGGCUCUGUGGCCAUGACCUGUCGCACCUCGGCAAUCCACAAGAGCACCAAUGUCUGACGCCCGCCAACCAGGACCGAUCCUUUCAAUGUACCCAGUGUCUGAAGGUCUUUCACCAGGCCACCGACUUGCUGGAACACCAAUGUAAUCAGGUGGAGCAAAAACCAUUUGUAUGUGGAGUGUGCAAGAUGGGCUUCUCCCUGCUGACCUCGCUGGCGCAGCAUCACAACGCUCACAAUGGCGGCGCCCUAAAAUGUUCCAUCUGUGAAAAGACAUACAAAUCUCCAGACGCCGACAGGGUGUGUUUACCUGGAGCACCCCCACCCCUGCCACCACCUCCUGCCACCCACGACCGACCGUUCAGCUGCACGCUGUGCCACAAACCCUUUAAGCACCUGUCAGAACUGUCUCGGCAUGAGCGCGUUCACACGGGCGAGAAGCCGUACAAGUGUACACUAUGUGACAAGAGCUUCAGCCAGUCUUCGCACCUGGUGCACCACAAGCGCACACACAGCUCCGAGCGCCCUUACAAGUGCACCGUCUGCGAGAAAAGCUUCAAGCAUCGUUCGCACCUCCUGCGCCACAUGUACGCCCAUGCUGGCGAGCAGCUGUUCCAGUGUCAGACGUGCCAGCUAAGAUUCAAGGAAUCCUCCCAGCUGCUGCAACACCCGUGCACCCCAGCUGGAGAGCGACCUUUUCGUUGCGGCGCUUGUCAGAAAACCUUCCGCCGGCCGUCCGACCUGAGGCAGCACGAGCGCACGCACAGCGAGGAGCGCCCCUUCCAUUGCGACCUGUGCCAGAUGAGCUUCAAGCAGCAGUACGCGCUCAUGAGACAUCGACGUACGCAUAAAACCGACGAUCCCAACUGCACACUUUGCGAGAAGGUGUACACCCAGCACGGAGCAGAGAGCAUCUUCAAAUGCAACGCCUGCCAGCGGGGUUUUAGCCAAUCUCAGGAGCUGCUGCGACACAAAUGCGGUCAGAGCGGCUCGGAGCGGCCCUUCCAGUGCAACGUGUGCCACAAGACUUACAAACGCUCCUCCGCUCUGCAGAAGCACCAGGCGGCUCAUUGCUCGGAGAAACCGCUGCGCUGUACAGCGUGCGAACGCCGCUUCUUCUCCUCAUCAGAGUUCGUGCAGCACCGCUGCGACCCAACCAGAGACAAACCGCUGAAAUGUUCGGACUGCGAGAAACGCUUUAAAUACGCUUCAGAUCUGCAGCGACAUCGACGGGUACAUACAGGCGAGAAGCCCUACAAGUGCCCGUCGUGCGACAAGAGCUUCAAGCAGCGGGAACAUCUCAACAAACACCAAAGCGUCCACAACCGAGAGCAGCAGUACAAGUGUCUGUGGUGCGGAGAGCGAUUCCACGAGCUGACCCAACUGCAGGAGCACAGCACCCAACACACCGCCGAAGGGGCCUUCCAGGUGGCUGCGUGUCUCCCCUAAACUGACUCUAGACAUUGAAAGGGUGCCCUCUACUCACUGUCCCAUCUCCCCCUCAUAUGGCCUCCACUACUAGCACCACCCAGUGUUACCAGAACCCCAUCCCCACCUUCUGUCCAAUCAGCAUUUUAUACACCUGUCCAUGUGACCCAAUAAUAAAACUGUGUAUAAGGAGA